AUGCCUUUAAAACUGUCUCUCCCUCGUUCGUCCAGCCAUGCUCGCGAAUCCCAUUGCCAAAUGGAUGUUCGGAUGGAGUCUCCUCCUCUCGUCCUCUUGGGCCCCCCAGAGACUUCCACCGGCGCCUUGGCUUCGGGAAUAUUUAAACUCACAAUCCUUCAUCAACCGUUUGUUCAUGUUCACUCAUUAAAACUUCAGUUGAAGCAGAAAAUCUCCGUUCAUCAUCCCCCCGUAUCUCAUUGCUCUGAUUGUGGAGGCUCAAUAGAAGUGUUACAAGAAUGGGUGUUUAUUUCAAAUGCAAAAUUUCCAAGCGGAACACAGUUUUGGCCGUUUAGUUGGCUUUUUCCUGGUACGCUGCCUGCCACACUUUCUACACGACACAUUAGUGUCGAAUAUUACUUGGAGGCUAUGUUUUGCUAUGCAACUCCAGAUGGAGGCCUUUCUCCUUAUAAACCUGAAAUUAUGAAAUAUCCCUUAGAACUUAAAAGAGCCUUUGUUCCUGGCUCAGAUACCAUCCACAAGCGAAUUUUCCCCCCAACCGAUCUUGUUGCCAAUAUUACCAUGUCGAGUAUCCUGCAUCCUCACACAGUUGCCCUCAUGGAAAUCACUAUGACUGGCUUUUUACAGACUGAUGGGAGCGAAUGGGGAGUCACUAGGGUUACUUGGCGUCUAGAAGAACACUUAAAUUAUACCCCCAAACCUUGUGAUCGUCAUAAAGAAACUAUUCGAUUUCGUACUGUCCAAGAGAAAAAAAUCCUUAGUGCCCAAGAUUUGCAAUCGGGGUGGAAAUUCGUUGAUCAUCAAUUCUUUUUGACUUGCCAAAUUAACGCUGCUGCAUUCCGGGAACCUACUUGUGAUGCAGAACUUUCUGGUCGAUUUAAUCUGAAAAUCUCUCACUACCUAAUCAUCGAAGCUAUUGUCAAUCGACGAAAGGGAGCAACAAGUAAUAUUGGAAAUGCUCGUAUCUUGCGAGUGUCCAUUCCUCAACCCCUAACAAGCCCUGCUGGUUUGGGCAUUAGCUGGGAUGAAGAAUGUCCUCCGAUUUUUGAAAGCGUAGGGCCAGCUCCUCCAGCUUAUUGUUGA